AUGGCUAGUUCGUCGAAAAGAAGUGUGAAUUGGUCACCGUUGGAAGAUGAAGCACUCACCGUUGCUUUCGUGAAAGUAUCGCAAAAUUCCGUCAAUGGUACAAGUCAAUCGGAAGAUGGUCUUUGGAUCCAAGUCCAACAAAAAUUCAUGGAGAUCCAAAAUACUAUUUUGGUACAAAGGACGUGGGAGAGUUGCAAAUCUCGGUGGCAAAAACACAUUUUUCCUCAAAUGAACAAAUGGCACUCUUGCAUCAAACGUGCCGAGAGGACGAACCAAAGUGGAGGCAAUCUUGAAGAUCAAAAACGCCAAGCGGAAGAGUAUUUUCGGGACGACAAUAGAGGAAAAAAUUUUAAUUUUCUCAAUUGUUACAAAUUGGCCAAAGAAUGUAAUUGGGCGACUUUUGAAGAUACACCACAAGUUAUUUACAACACACCAACAUCACAACAAAAUUCUUCAUUCGAAUUAGAUGAUGAUGUUGAACCUAUCAUCACAAGUUCCACCCAUUCUCCACCAACAACUUCUCCAAUUGAAAAUCCUAGGCCAAUUGGGCGAAAUGCAGCAAGAAGAAGACUUGCCAAGAGAAAAGAAGCCGAAAGUAACGUUGGAGAAGAAAUGGUGGCACACCUAAAUCAACUAAGAGAAGAUCUCCAGAAAUCAAAGGAGGAAAGAGCAAGAAGAGAUCAACUCAAGGAAGAGAGAAGAGAACGUGAUAGGGAAGAAGCUAUUUUAGCAAUGCAAACCAUCAAUUUUACUCCUUUGAGUAAAGAGUAUUAUGACGGAAAGAAAAGGGAGAUAAUGGAGAAAAUUCGGCGCCGUGAGUUGUUUCCGUCAUCCGGUUCGACAUCGAAUGAGUACCGCCCGGAAAUGCCAUUCAAUGACUCGGAUGAGUAA